AUGGAUAGCGAUGAGUAUAAAAAAGAAGUUGAAGCAAAUGUAAAGGCAGAAAAACUUUUACAGUUGCAAAACCAAACCGUACAGUAUGAAAACUUAGCACAAGAAAGUAAAAAUAACGACGCGGCUAUGCAAAAGGCAAUGAAAAGCGCAGAAUAUAUAAAAGCCAACAAUGACUGGUUAGAUGCCCAAGCCAACGCUAAAGCAGCCCAACUCAUAGGGUCAAUAAGGACAAAAAUACAAGCGGAUGAAGACAGUUCAAAUGAAGCUUUAACAAAUGCUGACUUUAAGAAUGCCUUCGAAGCUCUUCAUAGUAAGGUGAAACUAGUGAACGACUUCUCAUCUGGAAAGAAACUGAAGUCUGAAGGUUUCGACAAAGAGUUAAGAGAAGUAGCACAAAAUAUGACGAAAAUAACAGAUGCAGCAACGAGACAGGCAGUUCAAAGUGCCUAUGACGCCGUUAGAGCAAUUGUUGUGGAAAGUCAAGAAAAAGAGUUACAACAGACCAAAACAGACCUAGUAAAUGCUUUCUUAAAAACGAAAAGUCAGGUAGGACAUUAUGCUGCAGAUGGAACAUAUGUGCCAGCUGGUGGAACUUAUAUACCAGCUGGUGGAACUUAUAUACUAGCUAGUGGAACUUAUAUACCACCAAACCCUCCAAGAGAAGCACCUGCACCAGGACUACCUAAAACAUUUACAUCGUCACAUGGACACAGACACAGGCAUGCACCAAAACCAACACAACAACCAACAGUUCAAAAUCCAGCACAACAACAACAACCAACACAACAACCAACAGUUCAAAAUCCAGCACAACCAAAACCAACAGUUCAAAACCCUGCACCUGCACCACCUCCACAACCAACAGUUCAAAAUCCAGCACAGCAACAACAAACAGAGCAAGGACAUAAAAGAAGUAGAGAACAAGGAAACCAAGAAUUCUUAAAAAUGCUUAAGGAAGAUUAUGGUUACCCAGAUACUCUUGACUUUAGUGACAGAUAUAAAGAAGCUAUUAGAAAGUUCAAGGAAGGAAAUACUGACCCGAACCUAUUUAGCUUUAUGGCUCAGCACCAAAUGGGAUAUAAUUUCAAACCUGGAAAAUACAAGCUCGCUAAGGGAUAUGAUUUAAUAGCAUAUCAUCCAAAUGACAUGAAUGAAUUUACUCCGAGAUAUUUGGUGUCAGAGCUAAAUGAUAAUUCAACUCUCUUCAUGAAACGCGUAAAAAAUAGAGACGGAACGAAAGAAGAAAGGUUUAUGAAUGCGGAUGACGUAGAUAGGGAAAUUGUUAAAAACGGUCUCGGAAUAUAUGAAAUGCCAGCAGAUGAGGUACAAGAAACUCCACAGGAAGAAGUUCAGAUACAACCAGACAUGGAAGAAAUAGUUCAGCAACAACAGCUAGAAGAGCCUGAAGGAAACGAACAAGUCCCUCCUUUGGAAACUAACUUCACAGAACUAGAUGAAGAUUUGGAACAGCCGAAAAAUCUUGACCCUCAACAAGAGUAUGAGGAGAAUAUGGAAUCUUUCCAAGAGUCUAAGAAAAAUUCGGCUGACAUGGUAGAAGAAUAUCGAAAAAUGUUUGCCGACAUACAAAAGACUCCAACAUCAGAUGAAAAUAUUCAGCAUAGAAUGGAAGUACUGAAAGAAAAUGUACGCAAAUACAACAAUCCUUUUUACUUACGACCAUAUAACGUUCAAUCUUUGGCUGAACUCG